AUGAAGGUUCUUUUGCUGAAAGACCCCAAGGAGGACGACUGUGGCCAGGACCCCUACGUCAGGGAGCUGGGAUUAUAUGGGCUCGAAGCCACUUUGAUCCCUGUUUUAUCGUUUGAGUUUCUGUCUCUCCCCAGUCUGUCGGAGAAGCUGUCUCAUCCUGAAGGUUACGGGGGACUCAUUUUCACCAGCCCCAGAGCGGUGGAAGCCGUGGAGAGAUGUUUGCAGAAAGACACUAAAGCCGAAGUCUGGAAGAAGUCUCUGAAAGAAAAAUGGAACGCUAAGUCGGUGUAUGUGGUGGGAAAUGCUACUGCUUCUCUAGUGAAUAGAAUUGGCCUGCAUACAGAAGGAGAGACCUGUGGAAAUGCAGAAAAGCUUGCAGAAUACAUUUGCUCCAGGGAGUCCUCCACGCUGCCUCUUCUGUUUCCCUGUGGAACCCUCAGAAGAGAGAUCCUGCCGACAGUGCUCACGGACAAAGGGAUCCUCUUGGAGAGCAUAACCGUCUACCAGACUAUCCCGCACCCAGGGAUCCAGGGGAACCUCAGCAGCUACUAUACCCAGCAGGGUGUUCCCGCCAGCAUCACGUUUUUCAGUCCCUCUGGCCUGACACACAGUCUCAAGCAUAUUCAAGAGUUAUCUGGUGACAGCAUUGGCCAAAUAAAGUUCGUGGCCAUCGGCCCCACCACGGCCCACGCCCUGGCUGCACAGGGCCUGCCCGUGAGCUGCACCGCCGAGAGCCCCACACCACGCGCCCUGGCCGCCGGCAUCAGGACGGUGCUCCAGCCCCAUGCAUGCUGA